AUGGAUACUCAUAGUGCUGGGGAAUGGGAUAUUCAUGCUCUGCAAGGAAGAAUGCUUGGAUCAGAAGAAUUAGAUGCUCUUAGUAAUCAAUUAGGCAUUAAGAUCCCAGACUGCGUUUUUGGUAACAGCAUUGUAUCUUUCCAAAAUCCUGCAUCGGGCUUUAUAUAUAAGUUUUCUGCUGAUAAAGCCCUCGAAAUGUGCGGAUUUGAAGCAAGAACCCAAAAACUCUACACAGAAGGCGAGCUUAAAUUCGACCACAUAAAUGUGAUCCCAAAUGAAGUCCAAGUAUCAAUGGCAUCUAAAUGGGCAGCCAAAACAAUCCCAAGGGACGCAGCUUUUGCAACCCCUCAUACUCCUCAAGUCCCUGCAGAAAUAUGCAGUCGCGGAAGAGAUUGGACAUAUUCAUCUCCAUAUAAAGGGACAGUCGAAGGAAUUGAUGGAAAUCCAAUACCUGAGACCGUAAGAAUUGCAAUUACAGAAGAGGCUAUCCCUUAUAAUAUGUUAGGAAUUGAAAAUCCGAUCUUAUGGGCACAUGAGGUGAUAUUUUUCGAAGAUGAGCUUGAUGACAAUGGGCAGUCAAAAUUCCAUAUCAGGGUUAGAGCAAUGCAGGACUGCUUUUAUGCGCUUAUUAGAAGUUAUUUGAGAGUAGACCAUGUGGUUGUAAGAAUUAUGGACACAAGAGUAUUUCAUAAGUUUGACGAGAGGAAAAUAUUAAUUUCUUUAUAAAUAAAAUUAAAAAAUAAAUUUAUUAAAAUUAAAAUAGUUUAGGAUUGCUAUGAGAGGGUAAGAGAAUUCCAAAUGAGAGAAGCGUCGUAUGAUGAACUAAGAGCAAGAGGGUUUAAUUUUCCUCCACAAUGGGCCAUUGAUCCUAGAGAGAGUGACUUAAUUUAUGAAAGAUUGCCGGUGAUUGGAAUUUUCAGGGAUGAAAUCACUUAUUAA